UUCCCCGCCCGCCGGUGUCGCUGGGAAGCCCGGCGGAGCAGGCUCGGCCACAUCGCGGCCGCGCGGGCACAGUCGCCCAGCCGAGUGCGGACUGCGCUCCGCCUUUGUCCGCCGGUGGCAGCUGGUCUCGCGGCCGCCGCCCGCGAUGGCCCCGCAGCAAGGCCGGUCGGCGCUGCCCGUCCGCUGCGAGCCGCCGGCGGCGCCGCCGGUACCGCCUCGCCGGGAGCGCGGGGGGCGCGGGGCGCGCGGGCCCGGGGUGUCCGGGGGUCGGGGGCGCGCGGGCGGCGCCGAGGGACGCGGCGUCAAGUGCGUGCUGGUCGGCGACGGCGCGGUGGGCAAGACCAGCCUGGUGGUCAGCUACACCACCAACGGCUAUCCCACCGAGUACAUCCCCACGGCCUUCGACAACUUCUCGGCUGUGGUGUCAGUAGAUGGGCGGCCUGUGAGACUCCAGCUCUGUGACACUGCGGGACAGGACGAGUUUGACAAGCUGAGGCCCCUCUGCUACACCAACACAGAUAUCUUCCUGCUGUGCUUCAGCGUGGUGAGCCCCACAUCCUUCCAGAAUGUGGGCGAGAAGUGGGUUCCAGAGAUUCGACGUCACUGCCCUAAGGCCCCCAUCAUCCUGGUUGGGACACAGUCGGAUCUCAGAGAAGACGUCAAAGUGCUCAUCGAACUGGACAAGUGCAAAGAGAAGCCAGUGCCCGAAGAGGCGGCGAAGCUGUGCGCAGAGGAAGUCAAAGCUGUCUCCUACAUCGAGUGCUCAGCCUUGACUCAGAAAAACCUCAAAGAGGUUUUCGACGCUGCCAUUGUUGCUGGUAUCCAGCACUCAGACUCCCAGCUACAGCCAAAGAAGUCUAAAAGCAGGACCCCGGAUAAGGUGCGGGACUUGUCCAAGUCUUGGUGGAGGAAGUAUUGCUGCCUGGCCUGACUUUCGCAAACAGCUGGUGUUUAAGCUGCAACAACUCUUUAUGACGUGGCUGUGGUCAUAGGAUGAGCCCUCAAAGCAUCCCCUUCCGCCCUUAACUUCCUGUGUGUGAGCUUAGGGCUGAGAUUCAUAUGCAAAAUAUGUUUAAAAAUUUUUGAAAGUUAAAUUUUUUUUCCCAUAAGUCUGGAAAUUUAGAGCUGUAGACCUCUGGAUUAAUUUAUAUGUCAUAUGAAAAGGGCUCUUCAAAGCUAGGUGUCAGCAGGAAGCUCUGCUGCAUUGUACAGGACAAAGGAGAAUAGGACCUUCUCCUGAUUAAGGGCUACUGAGUGCUCAGUGCAGGACACGUGUGCACCAGACUUGGUGAGAAUAAGCGUGAGCUUUGAAACCACACAAACCAUCCCUGGUUUUGUAAGAGCAAAAAUCUGAAAACAGUGAGAGCCUUCUGCUUACGAAACCUCGUGCCCAUCCCUUCUGUUUACUCAGAGUCCCUUAGGAUUUUAAAAACAACCAAAACAUCCCACAGCCUACUGGCAUUGUAUUGACAGAACAGUACACUUGCUUGUUACGGUUUUUCUUUCUUUCUUUUUUUUUUUUUUAAAUCACAUGACCAGUUAUGUUGUUAUGAAAAUGGUGGAGAUGCCUCUUGGGAGGCAAGUGCUGGGUGCACACCUGACAUUUUCUUCACGGAACGACUCAUGAGAGAUCAGAGAGUGCUCCUUGCUUUCAGGACUGGCUUAUGGAUGGGCAUCUGUGUCCUGCUGUUGAAAGCAGGGGGUUGGGGAGGUGCUUGUCUGAGGCCUUUAAGCUGCUGUGCUCACAUUGUCCCAUGUGCAAGGAAUCAGGCCACCUUGAGAGGCCAUAGUCGAUGGUUGUAGGACACACACACACUUUUUUCUUAAGUCCAUGGAAAUGUCUGUCUGUACACACACACACACACACACACCACACACUGGCUGGUUUCCUGAUGAAACCCUGAGACCCACAAGCAUGGCUGCAGGUAUCAGGGUACCACGCCUUCCUCUUCUUUGAACAGACAUCAUUUUGUAGGAUCUUAAUUUAUACAUUUUUUUCAGGUCAUCUUAAAAUGUGGGAUGAAGAUGCUUUGAACCCCAGUGCCUUCAGGGUCCUGUGACUAGGGGGGCACUGUUUUGGGAGGCAGGUAUGUGCGAGGCCUUACCCACCAGCGGCUUCUCACUGUGGGUCUUGCUUGUGGCACUUGUCCUUUAAGGCGAGAGUCUUAUGACCGACUGUUCUGAGACAGCCCUGGGUCAGGAAAGCUCUUUCACAGGGGUGUAGGUACUUCCGAGACACCAUAGGAACCAGACAGUGAAUCACAGCUAUCAGUUUGCUGUGGGCAAGGAACCUCUUUUUGGCCACCUGGUAACAAAAUUCUCUGUCUGUGAAUUUUUUUUCUUACUAUUUAAAAAAAAAAAUCAAUCUUAUGUUUUUCUAUAGAAAAAAAAAAAGCAAAAGAACAGGCUGUAUUUCAGGUCAAAGACUUCUUCCUGCUGGUAAAUAGGACUGACUUACAUCAUUAAAAGGCUAAUUGCUGAACCACUAGAGUAUAUGAACUGUUUGUGAAUGAUAUUAGCCAUAUUCUCCUGAGGUGUUUCCUUGUGGCCCGAGUGGUAACAUUGUUUCACUUAUGGAAAUGUUUGUAACUGACUUAGUGACUGAGUUUAUCCUAUUGUGCAUGGCUGUCUGGAAAGCCAGCCUGCAAGUGGGGCUUUGCCUGCCCUGUGUACAGAGGGUUGGUGGGGAAGAGUGAGUUAUUUAAUUUUAAAUGUUAUAAUAAAGCCAGUGUAGUUGAGACCAAGGAAAUGAGCAUUGAGAACACAAACUUGAAGUCUAGUGCCAGGGCUGUUGGACCUCACACCCUGCCUCUGGGCCACCAGGAAGUGACGGAAAGGACGCUGUGUGAGUUCUGGACACUUCUGGGGUGCAUACCCCUGGACUGUUUUUGUCACAAAUCUAGUGGGUUGAUGCUGACCUGCAAGUUUUCAAUGUUCCUGCAUCCUAUGGAGUCAUACUUGAGGUUUCCCUGCAUUUUUACUUUUUGAAAAUAGAGGUUUGGGCUGAGAAAUCUAAAAGCAUGUGCCUGGGUGGGAUGUCAAGUUGGUUCUCUUCAAAGCUGAGAAGUGGCUGGAAUGUUCAGCUUGGUGUCUGGGGAGGAUCCUGUGAGCUGUGUGGAGAGGUGCCUCUUCAGCCUGACUCAGUGUAGGCCGACUUCCCUGGAAAAACACACUGUGGCAGGCUCGUCCCCUCAAGCAUGUGUGCAAGCAAACUUUCUGAUAACUUCAUUUUUUGCUCGACAGACAUGUGAGCAGCUACCCAGAAGUCUCAAGCCAAAAGGGGAGCCUCGCUCGCUCCUCUGCAGGUGCCUUACCAACGCGUGCUCUUCUCUUUUCCCGUGUCAAAGAUGUUGGACAGGAUCUUGUACUUGAAAAAAUGCUAUGAAUGAGUUGCUAUGAAAUAAAUUCUGACCUGUGGACA